AUGUACGGCCUCUUCGUGUUCAGGCACCUGGACGAGAUGAAGGCCAGAGGCGCCAGCGGCAUGGUCACCAAGUUUGUCUUCGCGGCGAGCGAGGGCAUCGGGGCUUCCUUUGGCUUCUUCGCGUGCACCAGCAUCAUCUUCUUGCAGCUGUUCAUGCUCGCGAUCUGGCAGUACACCAGGACCUCGCAGGAGCAGAGCGACGAGGAGAUCAAUGAGAAGAAGCUGUUCGCCGCCGGGUUGGAGGCCCACGCGGGCUACGGCGGUGUCCCGGCCGCGGCGCCGCCGGCGCAGCCCUGGCCGCAGGCCGAGCAGGUCCUCUACGUCCCCGGCGGCGCCGCGCCGCAGCAGUGGGAUCAGCCGCCCACCGGCUUCGGAGGCGCUGCCGGCGCGGUGCCGGCCCAGGCAUGGCCCCAGGCCGGCGGCCCCGCGCCGCAGCAGUGGGACCAGCCUGCCGGGCUGCUGGCCCCCAGCACUUACGAGAGCCAGCCCCUGGAGAUGCGGCGGGGGCAGACGUACAUGCCCGACGUCCCGCCGAGCAACGCGGUGUGA